AUGUCGCCGCCGCUGCUGGGAGCCAUUGUUAUCUCGUUGCCAUUCUUACUUUCCUCCUCACCACUCAAGUACUCUCGAUUUUUAAUGGGAAAUCUGCAUAGACAGCAUCUCCGGAAUACAUGGAAGCCAAAUCAAAGUAAGGAGUGUCCUUCAUUCGGAGUUUUGUACAAUGCUAGAAAUCCGGCGUUGGUUUUUCAUGCAAACGCAGUAUUGCUGUUAUUCCACCUUGCUGUUAUUCCACACACAGACUCAUCUGGAGAAAAUGUUCCGCCUGAACCAAUCAUACGAAUAUACCAAAAGCUUCUUGAACCCUACAGCAUGGUUAUGCCAACAAAUGGCACGGCAAUGCACAUAUUCGAGCUGCAGGGUCCACACAGCAGCCUCUCGUAUCAGCCAAAAGCUAUACGUGAAACACAAAACUUAAUAAGUAACCAAAACCCACAAUUUGAUGAACAUUGA